ACGAAAUUCUCUCUCCCUCCCUCUUUCUCUCUCUCCCUCUCUCGUAAUCCUUAGUCGGAUGGGUGGACCGCUCACUCUCAUAGUCUCACUGCAUUGAUUUUUUCCUUCUUUUCGCCGCUGCCUCCAUUAAUCUAUCUAUAUAAGCCGAGGGGACGCAGCAGAGCAAUGGCUGUGAGCGCGCGCAUCCAAUCUCUUCCCUUCUAACCCUUCCCUUCCUGAUGGGUCUCUUCCAUUUUCAAUCAAGGGGGAAGAUUUACAAACCUGCAGCAGAGAUCAAUCUCAGAGCCGACAGUGAUGAACCCUACACCCAUGCCAAUGUCAAAGCUCCUCGGGUUGCAGGAUUUCUUGUAAAGAUCUUCGUCUGGAUCUUAGAAUCUUGGAUAAUAGGUCCUGCUGUUCUGUAUAUUCUGAAGAAGGAUAAUCUUGUGCACAAGCUUGUAUCAUUUGCAGAAAUACCAGAAUCACCCAUGUUCACGGCCACUCAUAGUACAGAAGGUCUUCAUGAACAAGAGGUAACUUGCAUUGAUCCAAAUCUGAGUCCUCCUGAACGACUUAAAGAAGCCAUGGAUUGUCUUCCAGCAAGUCUAGAGACCACUUUAGAGACUGGUUUCAAGCGCUGGACUAUUCAGGAUUUCUCUAGAGCUUAUAGUUCUGGAGAAACCACCCCUAUCAAGGUAGCGAAGAGAUUUUUAGCUGCUCUUGAGGAGUCCACUGCUCCUCACCUUCAAAUGUCUUUCUUCAUUGCUUAUGAUGCUCAAGAAAUUUUAAAGCAAGCCACAGAAUCAACACUUAGAUAUGAAAAAGGAACUCCUAUUUCAGUACUGGAUGGAGUUCUAAUUGCUGUUAAAGAUGAGAUAGAUUGCAUGCCCUAUCCUACUACUGGAGGAACCAAAUGGCUACACAAGGCAAGGCCAUGCACUGAGGAUGCAGCCUGCAUCAAGAAAUUAAGAUCUUGCGGUGCUAUAUUUGUUGGUAAGACGAACAUGCACGAACUUGGAGCUGGGACUAGUGGUAUUAACCCUCACUAUGGCCCAACGAGAAACCCUUACAACAUUAAUAGGGUUUCAGGAGGCUCCUCGAGUGGCUCAGCAGCUACUGUGUGCGCUGGACUUUGUCCAGUUGCACUUGGUGUUGAUGGUGGAGGUUCUGUGCGUAUGCCUGCCGCUCUUUGUGGAGUUGUUGGUUUCAAACCAACAUCAGGGCGUUUUCCAACCUCAGGGGUUAUUCCUCUAAAUUGGACCGUUGGAAUACCAGGCAUCCUUGCAGGAACCGUCGAGGAUGUUCUUAUUGUUUAUGCAGCUAUUGCGAAUGAUGUUGCUAUGUUCCGACCCAAAUCACUACAGCCUGAAUUCAAUCUUCCCCAACUAAAAUCUUCACACUUGCUGGCUAACCUUAAGUUUGCCAAGUAUAGAAAGUGGUUUAAUGACUCCUCAGCUGAUAUUCAAAGUUGUUGUGAUAAUGCAUUACAGUUGCUAUCCAAGCAUUAUGGAUGGAAGACUGUGGAUGUGACCAUACCGGAGAUAGAAGAAAUGCGCCUUGCCCAUUAUGUGACUAUUGGAUCCGAAAGCACUACUUAUUUAGCUACUCACCUUGAGAACAUAAGCCAUGGGGAGUUGGGUUGGGACGCUAGAGUUGCUCUUAAAGUAUAUGGCUCAUUUAGCAGCAGAGAUUAUCUCAAUGCACAGAGAAUAAGGAAUCGUCAGAUGCAAUUCCAUAAGGAAAUUUUUAAAAGCGCAGAUGUUAUUGUCACACCUACAACCGGUGUGACUGCUUAUCCGCUUCAAAGAGAUGCUUUCAGCACUGGGGAGCUUGACUACAUAAAUGGAGCUGCGCUUGUAAGAUUCUCAAUAGCUGGAAAUUUUCUAGGGCUGCCGGCUAUUACUAUCUUGGCUGGAUAUGACACUUCAGGCAUGCCAAUAGGCUUGCAAUUUAUUGGGAAGCCUUGGUCUGAAGCUACUUUGCUCCACCUUGCUUAUGCGGUGCAGGCUUUGUUAAUUCACAGCUACCGAAAGCCAGAGGUGUUUUAUGAUCUGCUGAAAACUGAAUAGAUAAAAAGUUAAUAAAUGUCAAAAUAAUACUUUGGGACUGAAAUUGCUCCCUUUAAAGAAUCCGGGGACCAUUUUGAGACAUUUCUCGAUAAAUGUUGAUAGCAUAAAAGGCAAUAAAAUACAUUUACAUGCUAAUAGUUGGGUCAAAAGGGUGUCCAAUAAUCAAUACCAGAAGAGCAAUUCUGUUACUGCUAUAUGAAGUCAAAAUGGUUGUUCUAGCUUGAAAACAUCACAUUAUGUGUAAGUAAGGUGUACCCAAAAAAAACAAAAAAAUGAGACUACUCAAAAGUUGUUUGUUGAUUUUUCAGAAAUUACUGUCCUUUUUUUCUUCUUCAGUGCUUUCCAGCUAAGAGUUUUAGUUUGCGCUGUCAUAUUUUAUAAGGAUGAUUUACAUUCAUAGCA